GGUGUGGAUAUGCCUUGUCUUCUGCUGCUCUUAUUUUUAAAUAGAAGCAUCUUCUUAGCAUCACCAAGCUCCCACAGAGAAUUUAGCAUCAACAAUGGCUUCCCAAAGUAAAUUCUCUACAAUCUUCUUUUUCAUCCUUACGGUAAUGAUUCUUCCAAGUAGAACAAAUUCAAUCUCUUUCGAUUACCCAAGUUUCCAGCCAAACAGUCAGAAAAUUUUGCAUGAAAACGAUUCAUUCCCGUCGACUGAAGGCAUUCAACUAACAAGGAACAGAAUCAAGGAUAAUCUUCAAGGUAGCGUUGGGCGUGCAACCUAUGAAGAUCCUAUACAUCUUUGGGAUCGAGCUUCUGGAAGGGUCACAGAUUUUGAAACGCAUUUCUCAUUUAUCAUGGAGGCAGUAAAUAAUAUGUCUUACGGUGAUGGUAUCACUUUUUUCCUUGCUGCUAAUGGGUCUAGAGUUCCUCCAGAGUCAGCUGGUGGACAUCUAGGCCUACUCAGUCAGGAGAAAGCUUUGGUCAACUCGACUGAGAAUAAAAUUGUUGCGGUUGAAUUCGACAGUUUUCAGAAUGAAUGGGAUCCAAGUUCAGAUCAUGUCGGCAUCAACGUUAACUCGGUGAUCUCUGUGGCUAAUGUUUCAUGGAGCAGUAGUAUUAAGGAUGGAAGAACAGCUAAUGCUUGGGUGACUUACAAUUCUACUACGAAAAACUUGAGUGUUUUUCUAUCUUAUGCAAAUAAUCCUGUUUUCAGUGGGAAUUCCAGUUUGUUCCAUAUUGUUGAUCUAAGCAAAUAUCUUCCAGAGUGGAUUACUGUUGGAUUUUCAGCUUCUACGGGGAUAUCGAUUGAAACUCAUACCAUCCUUUCUUGGCAGUUCAGUUCGACAUUGGAAGUGGCUAAUAAUACUCAACAAAUUGAGAGUCCGCCUGAAAGAAUUGAGAAGCCCAAGAACAGUAAAAUUGGAUUGGUGGUGGGUCUUGUAAUUGGUGUUGGUGUUUUAAUUUGUGUGAUUGGUUUUGCUUUGUUUAUUCGAUCGAAGAAGAGAAAAAGCUCGAACAACUUUGAGGAUGAUGGAGCGAAUUCCGACAUGUCUAUGGACGAUGAAUUCGAGAAAGGAACGGGUCCGAAGAAGUUCUCAUACAACGAACUGGUUAGUGCAACAAAUAAUUUCGAAGGGGGAGGCAAACUUGGAGAGGGAGGAUUUGGAGGAGUUUACAAAGGAUUAUUAAGUGAUAAUACAUAUGUCGCCGUUAAGAGGGUUGCAAAAGGAUCACAUCAGGGAAAGAAAGAAUAUCAAUCGGAAGUAAGGAUUAUCAGCCGGCUACGACACAGAAAUUUGGUUCAACUCAUAGGAUGGUGCCAUGAAAGAAGUGAACUGCUUCUCGUGUACGAAUUCAUGCCAAACCGGAGCCUCGAUAACCAUCUCUUUCGUGGGGAAAAUGUUCUUUCUUGGGAAGUUAGGUACAAAAUAGCUCUUGGUAUAGCUUCUGCGUUGCUGUACUUACAUGAAGAAUGGGAGCAAUGCAUAGUUCACAGAGAUAUUAAAUCAAGUAAUGUAAUGCUGGAUUCAAAUUUUAACGCUAAACUCGGGGAUUUUGGUUUAGCAAGGCUUGUCGACCAUGGACUAGGUUCUCAAACAACAGUUUUAGCCGGAACCAUGGGAUACUUAGCACCUGAAUGCGUUACUACAGGUAAAUCAAGCAAGGAAUCCGAUGUUUAUAGUUAUGGAAUUGUUGCACUUGAAAUUGCUUGUGGGAGAAAGCCAGUCGAAGCAAACAGGAAAGUUUUAGUGGAGUGGGUUUGGGAACUUUAUGGAAGUGGAAACAUAAUUGAAGCAGCAGAUGAGAAACUAAAUUUGGAUUUCGACGAACAACAAAUGCAACAUUUGAUGAUUUUAGGCUUAUGGUGUGCUCAUCCUGACCACACAGCUAGACCAUCCAUCCGGCAAGUGCUUAGUAUUCUUAACUUCGAAUCUCCAUUGCCUAGUCUCCCACCAAAGUUACCUACGCCGGUGUAUUAUUCACUUCCGAUCAAAAUGUGUAAGCACUUUUACGGUGAUUUCACGAUUUCGCAGACAGAUGGUAGUCGGUGUACUUGCAGUAGCUGUACCUACACGAGUUCUUCUCAGGUGACUGCGUCUUCUACUAGUUCUUCAUAUACAAUAUCUCUUUUACACUCGCGGUAAACUAAAUUUGGGAUAAAUGUAUAGUAUUUGACGAGUAGUUUUGCGUUGAUUUUUUUGUUGUUGUUGUUGAAACGUUCUCCCAAUUUUUUUUUUCUUUAGGUUAUUUUAUUUUACUUGUUCCGACUCUAGUUGUCAUGUGCAAUGUACUCCAAGGUCCAAACAUAGAAGUUUGCUCUUGGAAAAGGUCACAAACGAAGAUGUACGUAUUGAAAAUGUAUUAUACCAUUUUUGGAACAUUUCUAUGAGCCUCUAGGUCAAAGAUGGUGGCUUAUAUUCUGACUCUAGUUGUUUUCUCCUAAUCGGGAGAUUUUUUCUGGAGCUAAAUCAUUUUCGCCAUUAUUAUUUUC